AUGUCGAGGCUGUUUGCAAGUGAAACCGGUUCGAAACUAUAUUAUCAGCUACUUGUAGCUCGGAGUGUUUGCGACUCGUAUAAUGAUACAGAGAAGCUCGCUAAGGCGACAGCUGCGGUCGGGCCAACUGCCGUCUCAUUGACCCACCGACCCCUUUUUUGCUCGAGACCAAUUUUGAUUUUCGUAGCCGAAGCUGUCGACGCGACGCAAGUAUCCAUCCGGCGGUGCACAUCGGACAGUAUAGCGUCAGCGGUACUGGAGCAAGUAGCCCUUAUCGCUGAGAGCUUAGUCGUGAUAACGAGCGACAUAGCUAAGUGCCCCGGAUGUGCCUGCGCAGCCCAUCAGGAGAGUGGGUUAAUUUGUGAAGUGCAAAAUACUUUUGAAUAUGGCUUAACCAAAAAAGGUAACGAUUUGCAUUUGUUCGUAUAUUCCGCUUUAUCGUUUAAACAGACUAAUAAGAAAUCGAAAGAAGAUACUCUAAUGAAGAGUAAUGCGAUACGGCAGAAGGCAAAAAGCAGGAUCUGUCCGUCCAUCAAUCAACGCCAGAGCUCAGACGACGGACCACAUGCUUCUCGUUAA